AUGAACGGUAAAAAGAUGUCAGAGCCUAUUACACUUCAGGUGGGCGAAGGAAGAUAUCACACAACCGCCGGAACUCUAAUAGAGAGGAGCGACUACUUCAAGGCCUACUUUUCUGGAAAAUGGACAAUACCCAAAAUGGACGACGGGUCUAUCUUUAUUGACGGCGAUUCCUCCUCGUUUGAACACGUCCUCAAAUACCUUCGACGAGGAGUAUUCCCGCUUGCCUUUGACGCGGCAAAGGGCCAUGAUUAUCAACUCUAUGCGGCUGUCCUCGAGGAGGCCAAAUAUUUCCAGUGCCCGCAGCUUGUUACGUGGCUAGAAGACAAGUGUUAUCGUAAAUGUAUCACCUGGCAUGACUCGACAGAACCAUUUGAAGAGAGGAUGUCGUCCUCUAGAGGGGAUAGUAGUGUCGGGGAUUGGAGUCUUCUACCGUGUGGUACUACUGAGAAAAUGACAUAUAUCUGCCCACGAGGGAUUGGCUUACAUAGAGGAAACCCUCAAGAGUGUGGUCGCCAAUGCCGUAAUGCUCAGGGCGACGAUGAUCCGAAGUAUGACCUCGAAAAAUUUACCUCAGAGUGGCUGGUAUCCAAAACAACAUAUGUCUUUAACAGUGGAUGGAUGACAGACUCUGGAGACUCUUUCCUUGAGCAUGUGCAAACGAAGUAUAGCGGCGGUGGUCGGCUUAUUGGUCGUCCGCUUGGUGCUACGAUGAAUUAG